AUGAUCCCGGGAUAUGGUGCAGUGACGCAAGCACUGCUUGGAACACUUUUUACGUGGGGGCUCACCGCUGCGGGGGCCGGUUGUGUAUUUUUUAUUCGGGGAAAACAUAGAAAAUUACUUGAUGUAUCCUUGGGUUUUGCUGCUGGAGUUAUGACAGCUGCUUCAUAUUGGUCUUUACUAGAGCCAGCUAUAGAAAUGUGUAAGAAAUCUGGUGUAUAUGGACAGGAUGGCCAAUAUGCUUUUGUUCCUGUAGCAGUAGGAUUUUUGUUUGGGGCUGUGUUUGUUUAUGGAACUGAUAAAUUUUUGGAUUUCCUGGGAAUUAAUUCAACAAACAUGAUGAUGUCAAUAACAAAAUCAAAAGACUCCAAAGAAAAACUGGAAGACUUAGAAAUGAUGACAGCUUUAAGGCGGCCAUCUAAUCCUACAGUAGUAACGUUAGAAACUCAACCCGUAGAGUUUUCUGAUUGUAUCACAAAUCAGCAUACCGCACAACGACGUCGAGGUCAUCAUCAUUCACAGAAUUCAUUGAAGACUGAUGGAGCAGAAGGAGACCAUCGAGACAGUAUAGCGCGUGCACUAGAAGCUAGACAGUCUCAAUGGAAGAGGAUAAUGCUGCUCGUCGUAGCUAUCACGGUCCACAACAUACCAGAGGGCCUUGCCGUGGGUGUCGGCUUCGGGGCUGCCGCGUCAACAUCUGACGCGUCCUUUCAAGGUGCCAGG